UGACCCCAAUCUCAAACUUCAUAGAGGCGUAACCUGGCCACUGGACCGCUUCGUACAUUUUAUAUGCGUCGAUUUGUGUUGGACGUCUAGGAUGGACUAAAACGCAACUAUGGUGGUGAAUUCCGUGCAUUGGUUUCGCAAAGGGCUGCGACUUCACGACAAUGCGGCUUUGCAGGAAGCUCUUUAUGGCGCGGAUACUGUACGCUGUGUUUAUAUAUUGGACCCGUGGUUCGCAGGUUCGGCCAACAUUGGAGUCAACAGAUGGAGAUUUUUACUGGAAUCUUUAGAGGAUUUGGACACAAGUUUAAGAAAACUGAACUCGAGGCUCUUUGUGGUACGGGGACAGCCUACAGAUGUCUUCCCCAGACUCUUCAAGGAAUGGAAUGUCACACGUCUCACGUUCGAAUAUGACUCGGAGCCUUAUGGGAAGGAAAGAGAUGCGGCCAUCAUCAAAAUGGCGCAGGAGUACGGUGUGGAAACCGUGGUACGGAAUAUUCACACGCUCUACGAUCCCGAUAGGAUCAUAGAAAUGAACAACCACAGUCCCCCCCUCACAUUCAAAAGAUUUCAAGCCAUCGUGAACAGACUCGAACUGCCCAGAAAGCCCCUGCCAACCAUCACUCAAGAGCAGAUGGCCAGGUGCCGGACACAGAUCGCUGACAAUCAUGACGACCACUAUGGCGUGCCGUCCCUCGAGGAGCUAGGUUUCAGGACUCCAGCCGACAGCCCACAUGUGUGGAAGGGAGGUGAAACUGAAGCCCUGGAGAGACUCAACAAACAUUUAGAUAGGAAGGCUUGGGUAUCCAAUUUCGAGAGGCCUAGAAUAAGUGCUCAAUCUCUGUUUGCCAGCCCGACCGGCCUCAGUCCAUACCUACGUUUCGGCUGUCUGUCAUGUCGCGUGUUUUACUACAACCUGCGGGAACUUUAUAUGAAGCUUCGGAGACGCUCCAAUCCCCCCCUCUCGCUCUUCGGCCAGCUGCUGUGGCGAGAGUUUUUCUACACGGCGGCCACCAACAACCCCAACUUUGACCGUAUGGAAGGAAACCCCAUCUGCGUGCAGAUCCCCUGGGAUCACAAACCCGAGGCGCUGGCGAAGUGGGCCGAGGGUCGGACGGGGUUCCCUUGGAUCGAUGCCAUCAUGACCCAGCUCAGACAGGAGGGCUGGAUCCACCACCUGGCCCGACACGCCGUGGCCUGUUUCCUCACUCGAGGAGACCUGUGGAUCAGCUGGGAGAGCGGAAUGAAAGUGUUUGAAGAGAUGUUGUUGGACGCAGACUGGAGCGUGAACGCGGGCAGCUGGAUGUGGUUGUCCUGUAGCGCGUUCUUUCAGCAGUUCUUUCACUGUUACUGUCCCGUGGGCUUCGGUCGCCGGACGGAUCCCAGCGGCGACUACAUCAGGCGGUACAUCCCAAAGUUGAAAGACUUUCCCAACCGCUACAUUUACGAGCCGUGGAACGCUCCGGAAUCAGUGCAGAAGGCGGCCAACUGUGUCGUGGGUGUGGAUUACCCCAAACCCAUGAUCAACCACGCCGAGAGCAGCCGGCUCAACAUCGAACGCAUGAAGCAAGUCUACCAGCAGCUCUCACACUACAGAGGCCUUAGUUUGCUCGCCUCAGUCCCGACAAUCCAGGAAGAGGCGGAGCCCCCGACGUCUGAUGACUCUCAGGCCAGCAGCAGCACUGGAGGUCUAGCCUCCCCACACCAGCCCACUCCCGCACCAUCGUCCUCGCCCAGCUCUGAGAGCUCCGGGGCGGGCUCCGCCCCCCACGUCCAGAGAAAGAGGGUCCGACCUUCGGAACUCCCGGGCAAACAGAAAUCAAAAGUCAAGCACACCAGCCAAGCCAAUGGAGUCAAGCAGACGACGGAGGACAAGCAGUGAUCACAGGUUGAUGGACAGAUUAAGACUGCUUUGGCAGUUCAAUAUCAGAGGGAAUCUGAGGACCCUGCCUCCCUGAAUCAUCCAGAAACAGCCAAGAAAAUUGUGAAAUGGCGCCACCUCCUGCAGCAAAACAGAAACUGUACCACAAGAAAAUGUAACUAAAGCUGCAAUUCCGUCAGGGUGUUAUGGCUUCAAUUUCACCAUCCAUCCUCCAAUAAAGCUGCUUUUGUUGUUGCUCAAAACUAAACAUGAUUGUAUCAAGAGACAGCACUGAAUCUGGUUUUGAAGAAAUGGUUCAGACAAGAAAAUGGUCAUUUAAUCGUCCUCAUGUUGUUCCAUACAUGUAUGACUUUCAUUCGAAAAGCACAACAGGAGAAAUUUAGGACUGGGACGGGAGCUUUCAAGCUUCAAAUAGGAUGUUAAUGCAUCAAAAAGCUACCAUUAAAGUGCUCGGUAUGACCUUUGCCUGAAUUCAAAGGACUUUGAAUAUAAUCGCUUUGUGCGAGGAACACACUAGAUUAUUUAGAUCUUAUUGCACCUUUGCAUUCUUUUGAAAGCUUUAAAGUUCUAGUCUGCAUUCAUUGAAAUAGAAAGGAAAAAAAUUGCUACUUUUGUCAAAAAAAAAUCGUUUUGUACUCUAGGGAAGAAGGUUCAAACAGGUCUGAAAUGAGUGAGUCAGUGAAUACGUUUAUAGGUGAGCAAUUCAAAGUUGAAGUUUAUCGCUAGUGUAGAAAGAGACUUGCAGGAACUAAUGGAUUUUAUUACACAGCUCAUUUGAAUGCUUGAUUCUGAUUGGCCAGUCGCGACAUUCCAAGGGUUGUUCUUUUCAAAUAACAACCGCUCAAAACUAAUAACACAUGACCGGUACUACUUGUAUGUUUAAUAUCCCUCAGCUCCAACAAAGGUUACCGUCUGGCGCCAUCUUGUGACUAAAACACUAGACAACCGCGAAUUGCAAUGGAAGAUUUCGGCAUUAAUUUCAACAUGUAUGGUAAAAACAAAACGUUUCAGCAGUGGAUAGAUUUGGACGAAACAAAUAACUCCCCAGUUAAGACAAAAAAAACGAAAACUGAACUCUGAAGAACAAACAACGACAAGACACAGACAGCUCACUGAGACUGAGACUGACAAAAUAGAGCACGACAGCUACGAAACAAACACAAAGGAAUACGGAAUGGGCAAUAAAACUUCUCAAAGACUGGCUAACAGAGAAAAAAAUGCCGACAGAUUACGACAAGUAUGAAGCAGAAGAUCUUAA